AUGGCCGCUACUUUUCAGGAUUAUAACGGACUGGCCUCGACAGCACCUCGAUCAGUUCGCAAGAAGUUCGCCAAACCGCCAGUUAAGGUAGCAUGUCUGCCUUGCCGGGCUUCCAGGACACGAUGUGGCGGCCAGAUGCCAUGCACGAACUGUGUUAGCAAAGAUAGAGAAUGCUCUUACUUGCCCAGCAAACGAGGCGGACCACGCAAAAAGAAGGAAAAGUCCUCCCUAUCGCCAGAACAAGAAUCGAGGCAAGAUGAUGCUCUUUAUAAUUCUGUCCCCUCACCCCCGGAGUUUGAAGAAGCACCGGGGAUGUUCAGCCAAAUCGAUGAACUCUCUCUGCCUGGCGCAGGUUUGAGGCAUCUCGAUUUUCAAUCCGAAAUUCCCUCCAUGUUCCAGAGCUUCUUCACUGGCGAUGGUAGUCAGUCGCACAUGCAAGUGCCCCUGAUAUCAUCACCUUCGAACAACGCUCAAACCUUUGUAAGGACCUAUGGAAGUGAGCUUGAAAUAUUGAAUGCCUAUUAUGACUUCAUUCAUAAUUAUUUCCCCAUUCUACCGCCACGGGCAUCGCCACCGUGCCGAGAUCGACCGUUGAACUGCUCUGUUCCGUGCUCGAAUACAUCCGAACCGAUGAUGAUGUACCGGCCCCGUUCACCUCUAAGUCUUGCAAUAUCUGCAAUCUUGGCUUUGAUUCCGCACCCAAGUGAUAUUGAGCCGUCGUCCGCAGCAUCUGUAAUCCAGCGCAGAACAUACGCGCAUACUUUCGCCCAACUUGCCCAUUCAACAAUCGAAGCGGAGUGCGAUCUUGAUCUGUCCUCGACUGAUCCCGGACAGGCAUUGUCUGCCGCACGACCGUUUGUUGGGCGGGAAAGAUUUCAUUCGCAAACUCCGGUGGAUUAUGAAAGUCUCCUGGCUCUCUUGGUGCUUUCAGUUUAUGAAUACUCCCAGCGCGGUAACUUACUCAAGAUGCGAUAUCGCGCUGGUCAGGCUCUUGCAAUUGCCUUGGACAAGUCACUCCAUGCUCAACUGGAGAACGAUGAAUCUUCGGAAGCUCGACGGAGAGCCUGGUGGAUGACUUAUUAUUGUGUGGUUCAAGGAUCUAUUGUUAGCACAACGAUGCCUGCUAUUGUCAUCAAUGACCCGCAGUUCACGACUCCAUACCCAUCGUUUUCAUCAGAUACCGAGGGUUGGGCUAUCUUUAUACAAGCUCAACAAGUGCUUGUAUCGGCAACCCAGUUCAUUGGUGAUCUGAACAAGUGCAUCGCGUCACAAUCAGGGAUGUAUUAUAUGUUCGAAAGAAUGCAGCAACUUGAUGCCUGGACCCAGUCUGUGAUUGCACAAGCGGAGCUACUCCCGCUUCUGCCCCAGACCUCGGAUUUCGGCGAUCACAACGAAUCCAUUACAGCCCAAAGCAUACGCGCAAUAUCCCGAAUCAAGCUAUCCAGUGCCCAAAUCAAAACGCAUCGCUUCCGAGCCUUCUCAGACAUCCCCCUUUUCAUAAAAAGACAUUGUGACCUGACGGCAGCAAAUCCAAACAGCGCCACCACAAUUGUCAGCACCAAACCCGCCGGCAUCAACAACAUCACCUGCUCCUGUUCAAACCUAACCUCUCUCGAACGAGCAACCUCAACGGAAUACAUGACCCCAUCCGAUUCCUCCACCUCAUCAGACAUCAACCCCGAAAUCAGCUCAUACGCACCUCAGUACUCGCAAUAUCCAUUCGCGGCUGGGUUCCCCUACAGCACGCAGCAAUCCGCGAAGAUCUGUCUACAGGCCGCACUCGUCAUCUCCCGCAUGUUCCACAACCUGCCCGUCCCGCAGCCUCUCUCAGACCCCCAGCAGCAGCAGGGUCGUUCGUUACCCCGGACAAUGCCCUCCUUCGCAUGCUGUCUUAUGCAAAGUAGCUAUGCUAUGUUCAUGAUCUACUAUAAGGCGCGCGUGGCGAAGCAGCUUGCGCCCGACACCGCCGAGAAUGAGCAAGGCGGAGAUUCGACUGGCCAGCUCAUUGAGGAACUCCGGCAGGGCUUAGAGCGGAUCAUCGGGGCGGUGUCGAAUUAUUCGCUUGCUUUCGAGGCAUUGGAUGGGAUGAGAGAUGAAAUCGAAGGUGCAUAUAAAACGGCGUUCCCACUCGCAUCUGUUUAA